CGAAGUCUGCCUUCUCCAACGCCUUCACCAUGGCCCAUUCCUCGUCUUAUUUAAUUCCUGCUUCCCGUCGGACUUUCUCCGUUCGUCGGCUUUACGUUCCCGGCAUUCGUCGCGCCUGAUCUUACUUCUACCCAUCCCCGGCCGCCGUCGUUCCCUAGCUUAUCGCGCGACACUUUCAUCUUUAGUUCUAUCCUUUAUCAAUAUCUCAUAUCUCAUUCGGCAGACCAGCCGAUGAAAUUCUCGUCAUUCGCCUGCUCCCUCCCUUCGUCCCGCCAAAUAGAUUCCUCGGCCGCAGACUCGAACAACGUGUGGGGAAGAUCAUCCCGAAAUCAUGCCGUGUGAACCCCAGAAAUCAUGCGAGGGCUGUUCCUGCGACGCGGGGACCAGUCGCCCGCCGGUGAACAUUGAGGACUGCGAAACCGAGCUGCUGGCGCUGCGGAAGCGCACCGUAGAGCUCGAAAAGGCCUUGAAAUCGGCCAAAGAUGGCUCCUCCAGCCCCCGCGCCGCCCGCAAGGGGCGCAAACUGCGAUCGUCCAAUUGGUUUACGUGCGAAAGUAAUCCCGGAAUGAUGGCCUUGUAUAUCGAGCGGUAUCUGAACUAUGGGAUUACCCGGGAAGAGCUGAUGGCCGGCAAGCCGAUUAUUGGCAUUGCGCAGUCCGGAUCGGACUUGUCGCCGUGCAAUCGUCAUCAUCUGGAGCUGGUGAAGCGGGUUCGGGAAGGAAUCCGAAUGGCGGGCGGCAUUGCGUUCGAGUUCCCAACGCAUCCCAUCCAGGAGAGCAGCAGAAGGCCCACCGCCUGCAUUGAUCGGAAUUUGUCCUAUCUGGGCCUGGUGGAGGUGCUUUAUGGGUAUCCGUUGGAUGGCGUGGUUCUGCUGACCGGUUGCGACAAAACUACUCCGGCGGCUUUGAUGGCUGCUGCCACAGUGAAUAUUCCGGCGAUCUGUUUGAAUGUGGGUCCCAUGCUUAAUGGAUAUGUCAAGAAUGAGCUGGCAGGGUCGGGGAUGGUGGUUUGGAAGGGCCGAGAGAUGUAUGCUGCGGGAGAGAUUAACCGCGAAGAAUUCAUUGACUACGUGUCUAGAGGAGCCCCCUCCGUGGGACAUUGCAACACCAUGGGAACGGCGUCGACCAUGAACGCACUGGCAGAGGCGCUAGGUAUGGCUCUGCCCGGCUCGGCGGCCAUUCCUGCUCCGUACCGAGAACGAGGCCAAUGCGCCUAUGAAACUGGUCUGCAAAUUGUUGAGAUGGUGCACGCUGAUCGCAAACCGAGCGAUAUCAUGACACGCGCGGCCUUUGAGAAUGUGAUCACCGCCAACACGGCUAUCGGGGGAAGCACUAAUGCCCCUAUCCAUAUCAACGCUAUUGCCAAGCAUAUCGGGGUGGAAGUCUCUCUGGAUGACUGGGAUCAACUCGGAUUUCAUAUUCCGCUUCUGCUAAACAUGCAGCCGGCUGGUGAACUACUAGGCGAGGAAUAUUUCCGGGCUGGCGGCUUACCAGCUAUCAUGGCGGAGUUGCUGGACGCCGGGAAAUUGAAUCCCGACGCAUUGACCUGUAAUGGCCGCACGAUGGGAGAGAACGUCCGGGGGAAACAUACCUGGGAUCGCCGAAUGAUUCGCGCAUACAAUGAGCCACUGCUAGAGGAUGCAGGGUUCCUGCACCUGCAAGGCACUUUGUUCAAUUCCGCCAUCAUGAAAACCUGUGUGAUUUCCGAGCAAUUCCGACAGAAGUUUCUGGAAAACCCCGACGAUCCGAUGGCGUUCGAAGGCACUGUCGUCGUGUUUGAUGGACCAGAGGAUUACCAUCAUCGUCUUGAAGACCCGUCCACACCCAUCGACGAUCGCAGCAUCUUGGUGAUGCGCGGUGCCGGUCCGCUGGGAUACCCCGGAGCUGCGGAGGUGGUAAACAUGCAUCCGCCGGGACAUCUUUUGCGAGAGGGAGUCAAGUCCCUACCGUGCAUCGGGGACGGUCGACAGUCGGGCACGUCCGGAUCCCCGUCGAUUCUCAACGCCAGCCCCGAAGCCGCGGCGGGAGGCAACUUGGGGCUCUUACGCGACGGCGACAAACUCCGAGUCGACCUCAACCGACGUCGUGUCGACAUCUUGGUUCCUGCCGAGGCAAUCGAAAAGCGACGUUUAGCGCUCGAAGCCAGCGGGGGUUAUGCCGCGCCAGAGAGCCACACGCCCUGGCAGGAGCUGUUCCGGCGGGAAACGACGCAACUGAGCGAAGGAAUGGUGCUGCGAGAUGCGGUUAAAUUCCAACGCCUGGCGCAGAAAUAUGACGAACCGAGACAUAAUCACUAGGGUCAUACUUUAAAGGGGGCCCGGGUGCUCACCGCGAGGUGGAAGGGCCGCAAUGCACGGGAUGGAGGCCACCGCUCAACAACACACCGAUGGCUACGCGGAGGGAUCCUCGCGGAUCCCGACUACCAACGCGGGGGUGGGAUGAAGCAGAAAGAAGAGCUUGUUUGCUAUCUAGCUAUGGGGAUCAAUGCCUAAAUACAUGGUGUUGAGCAGGGAUAGUGAGUGCCGCCGUUGGCAUGCGAGUAUGGAGUAAAGCGGAAUUCGCUUUACAAUACUUAGGGAAGUUUUGAUUUUCGAGUACAUAUUUUGGCCAUAAGCAUUUUUCAUCUGGAUUUUUGAACUAAUUGACGAUAUCUCCUUUCGGGUGUAUGCUUACAUCUAUCUAGACUGUAG